GAGCCUUUCUAGAAGCCGAGAUUUGACGGGGUCGUGUUGUGGUGUAGUUUUGUGUUAGUCAGUGGCUUCUUUUUACUUUGCCUGAGGAUCCACUGCAUCUCUUUUUUCUUUUUCUUUUUCUUUUUCUCUUUCUCUGUUGCACAAUUGUGGCAUUGUUACUUGUAGAGAAUGUCUAUGCAUCCAAGGGACCCCGUCAUCGGCUUUCUUACGGGUCUACUCACAUGGGCAGGCAUGCGUCGGUCAGUGCUCCGUUCUAGUUAUGCAAAGAAAUGCUUUCAAAAUGGGCGACGGCUUGGAAGAGGAGCGCGAAAUUCUAUUCUUCUUCUUCUUCUUCUUCUGUCUUUUUUUGUACCCUACCUCCUGAAGUGGUACGGACGGGGCCAGCAUAGCAUCCAUUAUUAGCAUGUCCACCAUGUCUCACAGAAUUUUAAAAAAACUUAAGUCACCCAAAAACCCAACAAGCAUGAUGUCGUGUAGAAGAAGAACUGUAACCUCAACCGCCGCCCCAAUAAAAGCAUGUUGAGAGACCUUUAUUAUUGUCCUUUUUUCUUCUUCAUGCUUCAUGCUCCCCUUGAAAUUCGCACAACCCUCUUGUCGCUUCAAUGCUUCAUGGCGAGAGAGGAGUGAGAGUGAAGUCCUGAUAUUCCCCCGUCCCCAAGAGUACAACACGCCGGUAUUAUUUCAAUCUGCUGAUGAUGUCUUACAUACACAUGGAUCGUCACUCGUAAAACUAAUUUAGUAUUGUUCUCGGAAUAACUCCAGGAAUAUCGACUAACGCAAUAGAGGAAUAGGGAUAGGAGGGGGAAUUGGGAAUUGGGAAUUGAAAGCGUCCUUUGUUGUGACGGGUUCUACUGCGAAUGAAACAUGAAAAAAAAAAAAAAAAAAAAAAAAAAAAAAAAAGUACAAAAAAAGGAUCCCAGUACCCUUUGGGCUUCCCUGUCGAAUAAUGAUCCAUUUAUUCAUAUCCAUCGCGAGUCCCCUUUUUCGCAACUUCGUGGGUUUUGUUUUCCAACUACGGAGUAUUCUGCAUAGGAUUUGAUUUGUUAUGUGCCCUUGUCUUUUUUCACGGGAAAGGGCCGCUUUGAUCAACACCGAGCACUGGCUCCACUCGCAACUGAAAAUGCCCUGUCGGUUGGCGACGUACACAUACACCCUUGCAACUUGCCUGCAGGGGCGGGGCAGGGGGGAAAACUUAUUAGAAGUUAGAAGGAGGAAACAGGAGGGCAGGGCCCAUUAGUGAUCCUCAUUUCGAGGCGGUGCGCCACGAUAAACUUUUGAGACAACUGGCCCUAACUAACUAGUGGUUGGAUGGUGCGGGUUUCCUUUUUCCUUUUUCCUUCGAGAAGAUUGCCUAGUGCAAUUAGCGAGGUAGGGUAGCUUUAAAAAAAAAGAAAAAAAAAAGGAAAAGAAAAGAAAGACCCCCUUGAGUAGAAGUACAGAGUACAGAUGCGAACAGAAAGGGUGUUGUCAUGCAGGUCAAGAAUAACCCGUCGUGGCUUUCUAGGGAGGGGUUGUUUUGGGCUGCACUGUCCGGAGUCAGUCAGUCCCUCAGGUGGCUGGGGCAGAGCAUUGGAUCAUGGAAUAAUAAUAACUACGCAGUAAUGUUGGCCCCUCGUUUGAUGUCUCGUCUAGGGAUCCGCUCUCCUGCAUUUCGAAUACGCAUGAGGGUAGUUAACUAGUGGUUAGGCCAUGAGAAAGCGUAUGGCCCGACUGCCUGCUGCUACACGGCUCGGAGUGUGUAUACACACUAAGGAUAGGGGUGGUUUGGGGGUUGCAUAGGCAAUUCCACCUCGUGAAAAGGAGAGUAAAAACGAUAGGGGAUUGCUCUGCGCGCAGGUGGAUGUUAUAUUACUAUCAUUCUGGCACUCAAGCGAGCCGCAAGCGGGUCGUUAGUAGAAGUUAACAGAAGAAGAAGAAUGAUAAUAAUAAUAAUUAACUUGGACAUGGCUGAAGGGGACGGACGCCCUCUGUCUGACCCACAGGCCACACCGACCGCGACAGGGCGAUUUUCAUCUGGAUUUACAGCGUACGUAACUUUCAGAUUAUUAUUAGUUACACGACGAGAUCUCUGCCUGGUGCGCAGGGCGGGCCCUCCUCUCCAAGCAUUCAUUCUUCCAGAAUCUUUCUGGUGCUUCUUUUCCGUCCGGGGCUUGUGUUUUGGCGCGCGGCGGUUGCUAACUCGUUGCCAGCUAGCUGGGUGGGUUUUGGCGGGCUUCAAGUUAAAGUAUUUAGUUAAAAGGGAGCUUAAGGCUGCUUGCUGCUGGGUUAGUCAACUCUCGCCGCUUGCUGCUUCUGCUGCUUCUGCUUCUGCUGCUGGUUGCUGGUGCCGUUUCAUAACAUAACAAGACAUAACAUAACAAGACAAGACCGAACAACCUUGGGAAGAGAGAAAUUAUAUCUGCGAUUCCCCCCCAACCAACCCUUUGACACACGCCCUCAACAACCACCGCCACGCCCUAGUUAGUACCCAACUUCGACUCGACUUACUUACUCCCAUCUCAUCUCCAUUCCCAGCUCUGUCUCUUUGGCUUACGAUAUAUUCCCUGCCCUGUCACUCCUUGUCCUUCCUGUUCGCUCAACUCUAUCUAUCUCACCUCUCACCUCUCACCGUUCCCGGACAGCUACUGCAGCAACCUUGCCGCCUUGUUCCUGUUUGACACAGAACGUCCAAGUGAUCCAAUUUCGCUGUUUUCCUUUCUGGGCUUUUUGUAUCCUCCUCCCUCGAACAACGACGACCGCUGCUAUUCUUUCUACCUUCCAUUCGCGACAUACCACAUCAAUCACUACAAGGGGCAACCGAGUUGUAACAAGACGAGAUAUUGGGGGAAGAAUUUUUGCCAUCAGAGUGCCCAGUCGCUCCAGUGAACGAGUUUCUCUGUCUUCCCUGUCUGUCAUACCUUCGGAUCCUUCCCCUCCCCGCAAUUCCAUCCACGGAGUUUUUUUUAGAGACACAAAACGGUCUUUGAAAACGCCCGGAUAGUCUGCUUAGCAAUCGGUCUUUGCUGUGGCUGCAUCGCGUGCCUCUUACCUCGGCUUUUAUCUACCUGGAGAAAUCUCAAGCUCAAGUGCUAUCUGCGGAUACCCGUCUUCCCCAAGCGUGUGUGACUUUGCGUUGAGCUACUGGCUUGAUUGCGACCCUUGCGCUCGCUUCCGUAUCUCUGCCGUAGGGUUGUGACAGUCAGGACAGAGAGAUUCUCCUGUUCAUUUUUGUGUGUUUCCAUACGCGGGAGACUCUGCUUGCCCGCUGGCUACCUUUACCUCUCCAGAACACAUUAUUCCCCUCAUAACCCACGCCCAGUAUCGAACCGGAUACUACACGAACGCCACGGCAUAUAUUUAUAUGAAUCCAAGUGUCUUCCGUGCGCUGAAAUAGGUCCUCUCCCCCGACGUAAAUCCUCAUUGACUAACUUGCGAUUGAUCCAUCCAUUCGCGUUUUGCCGACCCCGCCUUGGUUUACUGGACAUUGGCGCUGACCUCUCGCUGAUCGAUCGUUGUACGCUUCUAGGAUUUUAAUAGUUCUGAUAGAAGGAAGUCAUUCUUUGAGGGAAUUGAUUCUUUAUUCAAAGAUACUUGUCCCAACUAUAGUUGAGGAAGCUUUGCGAGACCCUUGCCGACAGACAGCCUCUGCUUCUCAACCCGCUUUAUUCUAUUUUACUUUCAGUUAAAUGAUCACAGGCACCGACUAUGGAUAUCACAAACAUUCUAAACGAGAAAGGAACCGCCGCCGCUGCCGUCGCCAAAGCCCAGUUACAUCAACACUUGACCCAGGGAACACACAUAAAAUCCCAAACGCCGUCCGAAAUGGGCUCUGAAAACGGAACGUCCCAGAAUGGAGACCAGUCGAAUAUCUAUCCCCCUACCUCGCAACCCCACUCCCACCUAGCAGGUAUCCCUCAAUAUCAUCCUCCAUCGCAGGGUGCCGGUGGCGUUCCGGCUGCUCGUUCUGAUUUUGUUCAAGCCGAUCAGGGAGAUGUCAAGUAUCUUCCGAAUGCCAAUACCGGACGCGGAAGAGCAAGUGGAGAACCUGCGCCCAAAGCAUUUCAUUGUUCGACAUGUGGGAAAGGAUUUGCGCGGCGGAGUGAUCUCGCCAGACAUGAGCGGAUCCAUAGCGGAAUCAGACCUCACGUAUGCGACUGGCCGGGCUGUGGGAAGCAAUUCAUCCAGCGUUCUGCAUUGACCGUCCAUACUCGAGUCCAUACAGGCGAGAAACCACACAUGUGCGACAGGUGUGGCAAGCCUUUUAGCGAUUCAAGCUCCCUUGCAAGACAUCGCAGAAUACAUUCGGGAAAAAGGCCUUACAAAUGCCCAUACGCGAACUGUCAGAAAACUUUCACGAGGCGGACUACUUUGACGCGGCACCAAAAUCAUCAUACCGGUACGAUUGAGGAAGCUGCCGCUGAAACUGAAGCCAACCUGCGGCAGAACAAAGAACGAGUUAUUCGUCCGCCGGAUGGAAUUUACUCAGAGACUGGGUCAACCCACUCAACACCAUCUCCCGGUCAGCGCCAUUCUCUAUCUCCCGGGAAUGAAUUACCGCCAAUGAAUCUACAUCGCCAGAUGGGCGAUUACUAUAUGGGGAAUAAUACUUCGAUUCCUCCACACCUACGAGGCGACUUCCAGCAACCCAGCCCCCGAGCAUCUCCAUCUACCUCAUCACCUCCGGUUUCUACCUACAAUAACGUUCCCAUGCUCGACCUUCGCUUACCUCCCACCCAAGCGGCUACGGACCACCGCAGCCUCUUGAACCUCCAGCCAACAGCGAUCCUCGCCCCAAUAGUGGAUCUGGAAGUCCGCAUAUUUCGAGCAUGGGAUGGGCGUCUCCAACGCUUAACAGCAUCGGCUCGCCAGCCUCAGCCUCAGCAACGGAAUAUUCAUACCCGGAACCGUCCGGCCCCCCUUACUCAGCGCACAUGCCGCCCCACAUGUAUUUUCCCAAUUCAACAAUACGACGACCGCAAAGCACAGAACCAGAGAACUACGAAAUGAAACCUAAAUUGAACGGGGAUUCAUGGACUACCCCUGUUUGACCGUGGCUGUCGACAAGUGCAUCAAUUGUUCUUCCUUUCGCAACAACUGUUUUAUUCCCAUAUGGUUAAUUAUUUCACAUCCUAAUUUUUCCCUCAAUUUAUAGAUACCCCACCGUGAUCUCACGAACAUGAAAACGGGUCAAUUUCGCGCUGUAUGAAUACACUUUAUCCCACCAGACAUACUUUUUUAAUCGCUAUUACGUCUUUUUUUUUUGUCCCUUGUUCCCAUUUUCCUCUCAAUACUUUGCUAUGUUGCUAUCUGCUAUCUGCCAGGUCUUCAUUUUACCUAAUAUCUUUUCCUCUUUCAUGCGUCAAUACCUCAUUAAUUGUUUUUGUUUUUGUUAUAUCUCCCACCUCUUAUAGAAUAUUUACUGUGUUCUGCAGGCAGUGUACGGGCAGUGGAUGGAACGGGAACAGGGGCAUCGUCAACGCUGUAGCACAGCAAUCGGAGUAUGGAAGGGACUCUCGGGUUUCCAGUUGUACUUGGGGGUUGCUUUGGGAUUUGAUAUAGGGGUGUUUAUGACUCUUGAGUUGACACACGGUUGCAUGGGAUUGAGUUGGGAUCACCACAAAAAAGCUAUAUAUAUACAUAUCGCUAUGCCCGUUUGAUUUUUUUGAUUUACAUAGUUUUCUUUUUAUCACAACAAUAGAUAUCAGUUUGUUUGCUUUAUUUGUUGAUGUGUAUGUUAGCUAGGUACUUCUACUAAAGGUGAUUUUGUUAAUCGACCUUAUUACCUCGAGCAUGUUUAAUACCGCCGCUAUCUGAUGCUGCAUGAAAAUGUGCAUUCGCUUCCAACCCACGCACUGUCAUCUGGGAGAUGGCAGUGGGUCACAAUAUGUCUUCCAUAAUUUGCUGCGCACUGUACGUAAUGAACAUAUCUUGUGUGGUCCAACCAGCUAAGAGAGUCUUCCAAAAUUCAUAUAAUAAUACAUUGCUUAAUAUAAUACAUAAAAAGUUUAAUACAUAUCAGAAA